UUUCUCACUUAAUUUUCCGCACAUCUUAAUGGAACACAGCACUAAUAAGUGUUAUUAGUUUCACAUCUGCUUCCCUGGCAUGUGGAAGGUGAAACUGUGAGAAAUGUCUAUCAUCUCAAUAAUAAAUGUGAAGGUGAGAAGAAAAACAGCAGAGGGAGAGUUACUCUAAAGAAAACUUUGCUUUUUGUUUCACAAUGAGUUUUUUGGCAUGAGCCUCAACAAGAACAUGUUGUGUUCUUUUAGUUCCCCCCAAAGCGUUCGCACCCCUCUAGUUAUCAUUUACACACACACACACACACACACACACACACACACACACACACAAAAACACACACACACACACACACACACACACACACAACUUCAGCAAAUACCUCCCUUAUGAGUUCCAAGGAAUUUUCUUCUUCCAAGGAAUUGAGAGUCUGACUCCCUAAAAGGAACAGGCCAGCGUCAAAGCUUCUUGAAGACUGUAUGCUGCUCUUCAUUCACCAUGACGAGCAUUACACAACUCUUUUUAGCAGCCUUGCCAUGGCUGCUGUUCCUGUUCACUGACAAAGGGUUUUGUGUCCAGAGUGUUCAUUGCCAGUGGGGACCUUAUGGUGACUGGUCAGAGUGUGAUAGCUGCACCAAUUUACAGACAAGAAGCCGCAGCAUGACUGCCUACGCUCAGUUUGGAGGGAACCCCUGCGGUGGGGAGCGGGCUGAGACCAGGGCCUGUGUAACCACACAAGGCUGCCCUCUACAGCAGGGAUGUGGAGAGAGGUUUCGCUGUAGAUCAGGGAUGUGUAUCAGCCAGUCUCUGGUGUGUAACGGAGAUCAGGAUUGUGAGGAGGAUGGACUUGAUGAACGUACCUGUGAAGUUUCCAAACAUAUUGUAUGUGGCCAUUCAAAUCCUCCACCUAACAUUGAUGUCAUAGCCAAGGGGUUUAAUGUGGUGACAGGGCAGCGAAUGGGCAUUGUCAUCAACACAAAGAGCUUUGGGGGACAGUGUCGCACUAUUUUCAGCGGCGUCCACAAUAAGAUCUACAGACUGCCCCUUAGUACUAUCCAGUACAACUUUAUGGUUCAAGUUCAGAAUGACUUCAGUGAUGAGAUGUUUGAAAGUAAAUGGCACUAUGCAAAGGACAUUGUCAACAGAGAGACAUACACCGGGACCACAACAGGAUAUAAAAACUAUGACUUUCAUGAGACACAAGACCAAACUAAGACCCAGAGGCUUGUGGUUUUGAAGAACAACGUAGAGGUAGGUCAGUUCCAGAGCACUUCUCCUAAGUACAUCCCAAUAUCUGAGGAGUUCUGGAAGGCUGUGGCUAGACUCCCAUCAGUGUACGACUAUGCUGCCUACAGGAAGGUUUUGGAAAGGUUUGGAACACAUUACUUGUCUGCAGGGAGCCUCGGAGGCUCCUUCAAAUUCAUAGCCAAGAUUGAUCAAGAAACAGAAGUCCGGACGGUCAGCGAAAUCUCUUCCCGUGAUAUAACUACAAGGACUAAACGCUGGUUUCUUAUAUUCCCCAUCACACACGUAACCCGUGAUAAGGGUCAAAGUGGGUCCUCGGUUCCUUCAAUUGAUCGUAGUGGCAGGAACAAUCCUGUGCAAAAAGUCGUUGCGACGGGAGGAGGUGCCGCACAAAUCACAGCAGUAGAGGCCAUGACGCUCUCUGAACCAGAGAGGAACUGGGAAGUGUACUCAAACUGGGCUGAGUCUGUCCGAUCUUUUCCAGAUGUCACAAAACAAACGCUGCGGCCGCUGUCAGAGCUGGUGAAAGAAGUUCAGUGUGCUGGGGCGAAGAGGCUCUACCUUCGCAGGGCCAUAGAGCAGUACCUCACUGAGAGCGACACCUGCCACUGUCGGCCUUGCAGCAACAAUGGCAUGGUUGUCAUGGAUGGAGAUGAAUGCAAAUGCAUCUGUAAGCCUGGCACAAAAGGACCGAGCUGUGAGCAGGGAACUGAAGUGGAGGGUCAGCCAGGAGUGAUUCAUGGUAGUUGGGCCUGCUGGUCUGCCUGGUCAUCAUGCUCUGCGAAUCGAAGGUCAAGAAGUCGUUCUUGCUCUAAUCCCACUCCGCAGAACGGGGGGCAGCAUUGUAUCGGAGAACCCACUGAGACAUCUGACUGUGAGGAUGGAGACCUGCAACAUUUAAGAAAAAUGGAGCCUCAGUGCUUUGACAUUACUCUCACAGCAGGUCAGAAGUGUGGCGAACCACCUGCUUUAAUCAAUGGCUACAUCCUGGACCCCAAGGAUGUUUAUCUUGUGGGUAAUAGGGUUGAGUACUCCUGCACUGAUGGUUACUAUCUUCUUGGUAGUGCCAUAGAAUGCAUGGCAGAUAAAACCUGGUCUGCCAAGCCUGGACUCUGCACAAUCUCAAUGUGCAGCCUUGAAUUCCUAACUGAAGAUGUCAUAGCCACUCCUGUACAGAAGACCUAUGGCAUAGGUGAGAUAGUCACCUUGUCCUGUCCAGCAGGAAGACAGCUAAUAGGAGACCCAACAAUUAUAUGUGACCCCAGUCUGCAUUUUUCACCCGACCCACGAAGCAUCAAAUGCAGCCCAGCCAGUAAGCCACAAACCAGCCCUCCUUCGGUGGAAUGUAAACCAUGGGAGAAGUCGUUCAGAGGGAAAUGUGUUUGCAAAAUGCCUUUUGAGUGCGGUUCAUCUUUGGGGGUGUGUGCUACUACUGCAAGUGGAAGAUCACUCCCUCUGAGUGUGUGCAAAAUGCAUGCACUGCAGUGUGCGGGGACGACCUACACACUAGCAGAGGACAGCACCUGCAAGUGGCCGCAGCGUAACACAACAGGCUGCACCAACUGUCACAUGUGGGAGACCUGUGAUGAUCAAACCAAUGAGUGUCGCUGUAAGGACUCCGCAGAUUGCUUGACCCCAGGAAUAAAUGUGUGCGCCCGGGUUGGGGAGAAUGCGACUGCAGCAUCCCAAACCAUGAGCGAGUGUGAAGCAGGACAACGGGGAUGUAAGGGAGAAAAGGUUUCAGUUGUCAGUAUCCUGCCUUGUGCUGGCUGAGGAAGCAGGAGGAGGGUUUGACUUUUUGACCUGAUAUCUCCACCUACCUUUACACAUUAUUAUUUUAAACCGCUUCCCUUAUAUUCAUCAAUUGAAUUAGUAUUGUAAGUGCUGUUUCACCACAUUGUAAAAGGACACUGUUAUGCAUGUAUAAAACUAUAAUGUGACAAUGUAUUAAGACAAAGAAUAAAUAGCAAAACACCA